GGUGCGAGUUGCUUGACCAUCCACUUGGCAGGGUUCGGUCAUCAUGUGCCGCUCCUCGCAGUCAUGGAGCCAGCGCAGUGACGACGGCUACUCUGACGACGACGACGACGACGCUGCCUUUGAUGUGGAGGAGACCGAGGACGCGGGCGCAUGCAGCGAGGAGGACGACGCGAUCGUGAUGAGCGGCGUUGAUCUUGCAAACGAGCAGGAGCAGCAGAUCGACAAGAUCGCGGGCCUAUUCGACCUGAGCCGCGUCGCGGCCUCCUCCCUCCUCCGCCGGUACGCGUGGAAAGAGGAGCGGCUGAUCGAGGAGGUCCUCUCCGACCGUGAGCGGGCGCUCGACAAAGCCGGCGUGAAGCGGCAGCGGAGCGACGCGGGCCCGUCGACCGACUCCUUCGAGUGCGGCGUCUGCUUCGCCGACUAUUGUGCGACCGACGGCUCCGCGCUGCGGUGCGGGCACCGCUUCUGCAACUCGUGCUGGAAGAUGCACCUCACAGCGCAGCUCGGAGACGGGAACGCGCAGGCGAUCCGGUGCAUGCACGACGAGUGCACGGCGCUCGUCGAGCCCGCCCUCGCCCAGGCGCUCCUCGACGGCGCCUCGUACGCAAAGUUCGCGCGCUUCGCGCAGCGGCAGUUCGUGGACGACUCUCCGCUGCUGAAGUGGUGCCCCGCGCCGGGGUGCGACUUCGUGAUCAAGGUGCGCGACCUCUCGCGCACCGAGUGCGCGUGUGCGUGCGGCAUGACCUUUUGCUUCCAGUGCUCGCGCGAGGCGCACGCGCCGCUGCUGUGCGAGACGCUCACGCGCUGGGAAGACAAGGUCAAGGACGACUCGGCGACGGGGCAGUGGAUGAGCGCGAACGCGAAGCGGUGCCCAAAGUGCCACAUGCACAUUGAG